AUUAAAAUGAUGAAGAGGUGGGGCUUGAUUUGUUGCAGUCAGCCAAUGGCGUUGCACCUCACAGUGACGCAUCCUCCCAUCAGCUGUUUUUGUUUUGCUGGGGUGAACGCUGGAAGUUAAUAACAUAAUAAUAACAACGGUGUCGACUGACCGAAGUGAAACGGCUGCUGAGGGAAGUGCUGCCGCAGAUCUUUCAUCCUGUUUGACGUCGGGAUAGUAAUACACCGGGCGUUAUGAUGUGUGCCAUCUGAGCCAGCCAGCCCGGACAUUCCUCUCCCUGAAGAGUGUGAGCGUGGCGCUUGGAGUCGGGGAGUAGAGGAGGGGAAGCGGGCUCCGGCGGGGAUCGACCCGUGUCCAAGGCCUCCGACCUCCACCGGGAAGAGGAGAGGGAAUUUGGCAGCUCGGAUGGAGUCCCAAGAUGUGCCGGACGACCCCGGGGUGCACCGAGGUUUCAUCUGUGCCUCGUUUAACCAGGACACCACCUCUCUGUCAGUGGGCACCAAGACCGGCUAUCGUCUCUUCUCUGUAACUGCUGUGGACAAAUUAGACUGCAUCCACGAGGGAGUGGAGUGUCCAGAUGUCUAUAUAGUGGAGCGACUGUUCUCCAGCAGCCUGGUAGUGGUGGUCAGUCUGUCCAUGCCUCGGCGAAUGAACGUCUAUCAUUUCAAGAAAGGUACAGAAAUCUGCAACUACAGCUACAGCAACAACAUCCUCUCCGUCAGGCUCAACAGGCAGCGGCUCGUGGUGUGCCUGGAAGAGUCCAUCUACAUUCACAACAUCAAAGACAUGAAGCUACUCAAGACCCUGCUCAACACACCCACCAACCCCUCAGGUCUCUGUGCACUUUCCGUCAAUCACGGUAACUCCUACCUUGCGUACCCUGGGAGCGCCACCAUCGGAGAGAUCACGGUCUACGAUGCCAACAACCUGAGCACCGUGACCCUGAUCCAGGCCCACGACAGUCCCCUGGCAGCCCUCACAUUCAACGCCUCCGGUACUAAACUGGCCAGUGCAUCGGAGAAGGGUACAGUUAUCAGAGUCUUCAGCAUUCCUGAAGGACAGAAGCUGUUUGAAUUCCGGCGAGGGAUGAAGAGAUAUGUUAGCAUCAGCUCGUUGUCCUUCAGUGCUGAUGCACAGUUCCUGUGUGCCUCAAGCAACACUGAGACCGUCCAUAUCUUUAAACUGGAGCAACACAGUCCCAGUAGAGAGGAAGAGUCCCCGACAUGGUCAGCGUACGUGGGCAAAAUGUUCACAGCAGCCAGUACCUACUUGCCCACACAGGUGUCUGACAUGAUGCAUCAGGACAGAGCCUUCGCCACUGUACGUCUCAACAUGUUUGGCUUGAAGAACAUCUGCGCGCUGGCUACGAUUCAGAAGCUUCCUCGCUUGCUUGUGGCGUCCUCAGACGGCCAUCUUUACAUCUAUAAUGUGGAUCCACAGGAUGGAGGCGAGUGUGUCCUGGUCCAAAAACACAGGCUCUUUGACUACAGUGAGGAGCAGGUGGAACAGAAGGAAGAUGAGAACCCAGAGGAUGUUCCUCCGCAGCCACAGCCGGCCAGCCAAUCAUAUGCUGCCACUGUGGCUCUCCCUUCAACUCCACCUUCCUCUGCCACUCUCAUGGGAUAUUCUGAAGAUGGAGGAGCCCAAAAGGGCGAAGUAAUCCCAGAGCAUGAAUUUGCAGAGGGCCCCGUUUGUCUGGAUGACGAGAAAGAGUUUCCUCCAGUCGGCAACCAGAGUAACUGACCAAACCCCCCCCCAAAAAACCAAUCUGCCCCUGCACAAAAAUCAGACCAACUUGUUGCAAGCAGGGAGGAUGGACAAAAAAUAUUCCUGUGGUGUUGAGACAUUGUGGCACCUCCAACCUACCACAAGUUCCUCUGCUGACGUAGGGUCAGAUCUUAUAGGGUUAUUACUUCCUGUUGUUCCUGUAUUCUGAGACUCUCUAAGUUUUUAAAGGGAAUAUAGAAAAAAAAAAACACUACAGAUGAUCCACUCAUCUUAACAAAGCAUCUUCAGAACAUUUUCAGAACAUUUUCAUUAAGACUAGACACAUUCGAAAGCUGUCUGAAGAGUCGAAUCUACUGUGAACUCCUGUGUAAUGCCAUUAACGACAGUGUUAAACACUUAGUAAGUAACCAGUGCGCACAGCAAGAAAUACUGACGAUACACAAUUACAUUAUCAUUGAACACAGGUGCUGCUGUUGGAGAAUACUAUGUCCCAACAAAAUAUUGUGAUGGUAGCUACCAAAUGAGGAUGCAAGUAUUAUGAACAGAAUGACAAUACUAGAUUGGAUUAGAUUUCACUAAUUGUAGCAGCUUCGUUCGAAGCCAAGUGCAAUGUAAAAAUGGCCUAAUAACAUCUGUCUAAAUCUGACCAUCUUAAUCACAUUUGCUGUCACAAGUCUUAGGAUUUAGGAUCUUAAAUGUAUAAUAUGCAGAGAUUUCAUGAAAACUUAGAUUCAUGCGAAAGUCAUCAUUCUCAGUCAUCCCUUGUGACACAUUAGAAGAGUGUGGAAGUUUAUUUAUCUCUGGAGACACUCCCUUGGGGGCAGUAUUUUCUUCGUGUUUUGCUGCGUUUGGGACAUUUUGGGGAUGCAACUUUUGGAAAGUGGGUGGGCACUGGGCUGAGAGAGUGCUACAUUCACACAAAAUCCAACAAUGUGGCCUUCCUGCAGGGUUGUGUGUUUUAGAGCCUAAAUGGAGUGAAACCGACAAAAAAUAAUGGCACAUUUCUCUGUUUUGUUCUGACGCUGCUCCCUCUCUUCAUUCACUCUGUAGAUGACGCUGCUCUCUCUCUGCUCGUUGAGCCGGGGGAGGAGGGGCCAAGUUUGAAUGUUGUGUUUACAAACGGUAACCAACAAAUACUACGUAUUAAACCUUAAAGAUCUAUCAUUAGGGGGGGUUCCCCAGGACUUUUGGAGCUUAUCAGUGGGCAUUAAAUGUGUCAUACCUCAAGAGAGAAGCAGUAGUUCACUCAAGAAGGUAAAAGAUGUUGUGUGAUACACUAUUUAAAUCAUGAUACAUGCCGCUAGUAUCAUAUGACUCGCAGAUGCAGCUGUGAUACUAAUUAUGGUAGCAAUAGACGAGACUGAAAACUUGCAGAGUCACAAAUGUAACCUAAUAAUAUAUUUGGAAGAGUGGGCUCAACAGCUAAAUGUUAUAAGCCUGGAGACGAGCUGUACAUGACAAAGUUACAGGUCCUUCAAUUUCAGCGAUACCCUGAAGACCCUUUUAUUUACUACAUGAUGCUGAAUAUGUUAACAUGCAAGUCAUAGUUAUUUUUACAUUGAUGUAUUAAAUAUUCUUUUGCAAAUUGUUUAAAGUAUUACACAUCAACACAUAGACUUACCAUGCGUAAAUAUAAAGUAAGGAUUUCUACUGUGUGUAUAAUGUAUAUAUAACAUUUCUAUAUAGUACUGUUGUAAUAAGUAACAUAGUAAUACCAUAUGAUUUGCCAAAAGAUGGCGCUGUUAGGACACCCUUGAGCUGCAAUGAGCUGUUCAGUACUGGACAUUUACACCAGAAACUCAUUAAACCAGAGAAAUGACUCAA